UUGAGAUGAUGUGGAGCUUUGUGCAAGUAGUAAGAUAAUGGUUGUAUAGUAGUAACUAGUUUCGUAAUUGUUUGCCGAUUGACAAACUUUGGAGAAAAAGGAACAUUCGAUAGUUAUUGGUGAAGAUAUUAUUAAUAUUGGAAUAUACAUAUUCGUGUUGUAAAGAGUAUAUUUUGUCAGAAACAAAUUUGUAGUCUAAAACACAAUGGUUGAAUUACGCUAUACAUUCUCAAUCUCAUGCAGCAAGCAAUGUUAUUGUUAAUAUAAUAAAUAAUAACACUUGAUUCUUUGUGUUUCACGUAAAGUGUACCCAUAGUCACCAAGAUUAAAGACAAUGGAAUGUUGUUCAGUUCAUUCCCAAGCCUUAACGAAUGCUCCUUUUUGCGUGGUUGUUGAUAUUCUAGCAAGAGAAGCAAGGUCUUUAGAAGUGUCAUGUAAUUAUGAAGAUAUUGGAGAAACUGUAGAGGAGUUGAGUAGUGAACUACACAAAUUAUCUAGUAGCCCUAAACGAUAUACGGAACAUAGAUGUUCUCGAAAAGGACUUAAUGGAAAUGUUUGCAGGAUUUAUCCUUCAAUGUGGAAGGAUGCAGCCUCUUUGGUUUCUCUUCUUUUCAGCUGGAAAGUCAGGCUUUGUUCAGGUGAUAUUAGAAAUUUAAGCUCAAAUUUGGAAAGCGAAAAAAAUAUCCCAGAAGAAGAAAUACAAUCUCUGUUGGAGAAGGUUUUGCAGUGGAUAUCUAUGCAAGAUUUGUGUUCCUGUUGGCUUUGGCUCUUUAAUAAUUCAAUUACCAUUGCUAUGGAUUUGCCAGCAGAAAGAAGAGAAAUGAACAAGGUUCUCCACAAGAACAUUCUUCAAUAUCUUAAGAACAGAAAGCAGGAAAAACUAUGUCCUAGUGUUUUAAGAGAGAUACAGGGUGUGUUGCUACUAGGCUUAACAGAUGUGUGGUCAGCUAUUCGUCUUCAGUCUAGAGCUACUCUAAGCAUAACCCUUGAUCAUCUCUCAGUGGAUGAAAGUCUUCAACUUUAUUUUGACUUAGUUAAGGUUUGUCAAAAUCCAGACCACAAAUGGCAAACACUAGCUGGUGCUGUUGAAGCCAUAACUGUAUUCCUUCAGAAGUUUCAGAAGGCUGGAAAAAUAUCAGUAGAAGAAGAAGAAAAUACUGAGACUUCAAGUGAUACCUUCCUUUUGUUUGGAGAAACAUGUUUGAAAUGUUUGCCAGAUUUGAUCAAAUCCACCCUACCAACAUUCGUGUAUCCACUUCUAUCACAUCCCCAGCUCGAUGUACGUGAAGGUGCUAUUAAAGCCUUCUCAGUGUUUCUUCUUCGAUCUGAAUUUCAGGAGUGUCAGCAAACUUUUACUCGUGUUUUGUCCAGUUUGGCUCUGGCCAUGGAAACUAAAGACUCAAAUUUAUUGCCAAAGCCUGGGAAUCUUGACAGCUGUUUCAGUGACCCCUAUCUUGUCCAAAGUUUACUGGGACUUGGAGUUUUUCUUGUGAAGAAUUUACCUUUGGAGCUUUUGUUGACAGAGUGGUCUGAGGUGUUUAGAAUUUUUCUGGCUUACUUGUCUCAUCCUGCAUGUUCUGUUCGACAAGUAGCAAGUGAAAUAUUUAAGUUCUUAGUAAGCAAAGACACUACAUGUCCUAUUGUGCUGAAGUUAGUACUUCAAGGAUUAGCUGCUGAUUGGGCAGUGGACAUUGGCAGACUUCUGACAUUAGAAACUAACUGUGAUACCACUGAAAACUUUCAAAAGAGUAAUGUCAAGAAUUCAAAAUUCACACCACCUUGGGAGUGGAAGGAGGGAAGACUCCUUGCUUAUGAGUUAAUUUUGCACUUCAUCCUUCAGAACCAUUUAGCAUACACUUUUGGACCAAGCAACCUACAGCUUAGUGGACUGGAUGGAAGGGAGUCCAGCUGUUCUCAACUUCAACCUAGGAGAAGGCACAGUUUAGUCCCAUCUAAAAGUCUUCAGAUUGCUGCAGGGCUAGGAAGUGAGGGAAGGGUGACUCCCAUUGGCUUAAGCACCAUCCUGAGACAAGAAAGCCCAAGAUUUAAGACCUCUAAAAGACAACACUCAGAAACUUCAUUCAAUAAAACAAAGACAAGUUUCUCUGGAAAUGUUGGCUCUGCUUUAAUAAACUCUAAACGAGCCAGCGAUAAAAUUUUUUUUCAUUCAUCUGUUGUUCGACAGAAUUCUGAUGACUUGCAUCAUUUAAAUAGACAAUACCAAAGAAGAGCAUCAGUGUCACCAACCUUUCUUUUCGGUCCCCAUUGUUUCCAGGGGAAGAUUUAUCCUUAUUACUUCUUGCACACCAUGCAGAUGGUAUAUUUGACUUGGAUGAAUAUCUGCCAUAUAAGUUAUCUGGUGUAAUGAAGUUGGAAAAUCCUAGAUAUCCAAAGAUAUGCAGCCCAAGAACAUCAUGUUAUAGAAAUUCAGAAACUACUACUGUCACAGUGGAAUCCAGUUGGAUGAAGAAUAUUCAAUGUCCUCCU